AUGCGUGGGAGAAGGAGACUCUCCUCAAUUUACGCCGGCAUCCGCGUCCAGCACCGCCCAGUUCCGAUCCACGAAGUGGGAGCUGCUGAAGGCCACGCAGCACAUCGUCGGGGAGCUGGAUGGUCCGGCGGCACCCGCCCCCCGGCGCACGGGCUCGGAGGAGGACCCGCAGCGGUGGGGGGAGCACGACCGGUGGAUGGCCGGCACGCGCGGCAGGAGCACCUGGCCCACGCGCGGGCCUUCCUGCUCGCGUCGGUGGUGCUGUCGCGCGCGCUGGACGCCGAGCGGCAGGCGCGCAGCGCCGUGGAGGCGGACGCGGCGAAGGCCGCGCUCGUGGAGGCCCUGCUGGCGGUGCAGCAGCUGGUGCCCCGGGAGUGGAGGCAUCGCUGA